AUGGCGCUGCCGGGGGAGCGCGGCGCGGAGCCCCAGCCCGGCGCUUCCCGCCCCGCCGAGGAGGAGGAGGACGGCGGCGGCGGGGCCGGCGGGCAGCCGGAGGCGCUGUCGCUGGAGGAGAUCCUCAGGCUCUACAACCAGCCCAUCAACGAGGAGCAGGCUUGGGCUGUGUGCUACCAGUGCUGCGGGUCGCUGCGGGCCCGCGCCCGCCGCGGGGAGAGCCCUGCCGCCAGGCUGGGGGCGGCCGCACACCUCCGUGUGUGGCGGGACGGCACCGUCACCCUGGAGCAGGACCAGCCGCGCCGGUCGCCCCCGCCCGCCCCAGUUGCAGAUAAAUCGGGCCGUGUACACUGCACAGAAAUGGAGGUUAUUGAAUCACUAGGGAUUAUUAUAUAUAAAGCCCUGGACUAUGGUUUGAAGGACAAUGAAGAACGGGAAUUAAGUCCUCCACUGGAGCAGCUUAUUGACUGCAUGACUAACACCACAGAAACAGAUGGGAGCAGGGAUGAAGGAUAUGAUGCUCUGGAUGAAGGAGUGGAGGAUGACAAUGAUGAUGACAAAGAGGAAGUUGAGGCCAUUCAUUCCUAUAAAGAUGUCAUGAAGCUGUGUGCAGCCCACCUGCCAACCCGAUCAGAGGCUCCAAACCACUAUCAAGCAGUAUGUCGGGCUCUGUUUGCUGAAACAAUGGAACUGUACACUUUCCUUGCCAAAAUUAAAAGUGCAAAAGAGAAUCUGAAGAAAAUUCAAGAAAUGGACAAAGAGGCAAGUGAUGAAUCCAGCGCAGAUCUUGAUGACUUAAAAAAUGCUGACUGGGCUCGUUUUUGGGUACAAGUGAUGCGAGAUUUACGGAAUGGUGUUAAACUUAAGAAAGUUCAAGAGCGUCAGUACAACCCACUGCCGAUAGAAUAUCAGCUCACACCCUAUGAAAUGCUGAUGGAUGACAUUAGAUCCAAACGCUAUACCUUAAGGAAGGUCAUGGUCAAUGGUGACAUUCCACCUCGAUUAAAAAAGAGCGCCCAUGAAAUAAUCCUGGAUUUCAUCCGGUCGCGACCUCCAUUAAAUCCUGCCUCGGCAAGAAAACUGAAACCAACCCCACCACGGCCACGCAGCCUUCAUGAAAGGAUACUGGAGGAAAUCAAGGCAGAGAGGAAGUUACGUCCAGUCUCACCUGAUGAGAUAAGGCAUAGCAGGCUGGAUGUAUCUACGCCAGAGGCCGGAAGAAAAUUAUUGGAUGCCUCUGUGGCAAACGGUGGCUUGGGACCACAAGGAAAGCAGAAUGGGGCCACACAAGUGACAGUGCAGCGCAAGAGACUCCUUAAGGCUCCCACAUUGGCUGAACUUGACAGCUCAGAUUCAGAGGAGGAAUCAGUGCACAAAUCAGCGAGUAGCAGCAGCAUCUCCCCCUCACAAGUGGAAGACCCCUCUCAAGAAGGCACCAGCAGCAGAAAGAUGCCUCCAAAGUUCUUGCCCAUAUCAUCCACACCACAGCCUGAGAGACGGCAGCCGCCUCAGAGACGACACUCCAUUGAAAAGGAAACGCCAACCAACGUGAGACAGUUCUUACCACCUUCAAAACAGAGCUCCAGAUCACUUGAGGAGUUCUGUUACCCAGUGGAAUGUCUGGCUCUGACGGUGGAGGAAGUCAUGCACAUCCGUCAGGUGCUGGUGAAGGCAGAGCUGGAAAAGUACCAGCAGUAUAAAGAUGUCUACACUGCCCUCAAGAAAGGAAAGCUCUGCUUUUGCUGUCGAACAAGAAGGUUUUCUUUCUUUACCUGGUCUUACACUUGCCAGUUCUGUAAAAGGCCUGUAUGCUCACAGUGUUGCAAAAAAAUGCGGUUGCCAUCAAAGCCAUAUUCCAGUCUCCCCAUCUUCUCACUUGGACCUUCGACCUUGCAGAAAGGAGAAAGCUUUAUGAGGCCAGAGAAACCCUCUACUAGUCACCACCGAUCCCUGCGGAGCAUGUCCAGGUUGACCUCAAGGUCCAAAUCUGUGGAUAAGUCACAGGAAGAAUUUCCCAAAGAAUUAAUGGAGGACUGGAGCACGAUGGAGGUGUGUGUGGACUGCAAGAAGUUUAUUUCAGAAAUCAUCAACUCCAGCCGGCGCAGCCUGUCUCUGGCCAACAAGCGAGCGAGAUUAAAAAGGAAAACACAGUCCUUCUACAUGUCCUCGCCAGGAACAUCCGAGUACUGCCCCUCUGAAAGGACUAUCAAUGAGAUCUGAGCUGCGUGC